AUGAACGCAACCACGGAAAAUAAUGUCCAUAAAAGUGAAAGUAACGUUUCGAUAGAUAAUGUGUAUAACGUAACCAAUUUGAAUUAUAAUGUCGUUAAUAUAGAUAAUAUCGUUAACACGAAUAAUACGGAUAAUUUGAAUCUAGCAGAUGAUACUAAUGAUUCAUCUCAAUUCUCUCAAUUUCAAUUUGAUUAUGAUCAAGAUUUAAACUUACAAGCUCGUCGAAGAAAACGUCGUAAUUUAGAUGGAAAUGAAUUGAUUUUACCCUUUGUCUCUACUUUUUCAAAUUCCCCUACUUCAAAUUCUCCUAUUAGUAUUAAUAGUGACCAUGAAAAAAAAAGUUCUGACAUGAAUACCGAAACAUCUCUGGUACACAAACCUCAUUCGGAUUUUGCCUUAACGGUUUCAAAUAUUGCUUCUGUUUCAAAAAUUGGUUUAGAUAUAGCUGGUGUGAUAUCAAAACUUUAUUUGGAAACUGCGAAAUUUUCAACGAAAGCUGGUUUAGAUAUUGCUCGAACUGUUACUGGCGUAUUGUCUGAAAGGAUGGUACAAGCAACUUCAUUCGAAGGGUACGGUGGAAGAAUAAUUGGAGCAUCUACAAAUUUAUUACAUCGUUCUCUAUAUUUAGCCGAACAGAUUACUCUAGCUGGUAUAGGAGUUACAUCUGAAACUAUACAAAUUACUUUGGGAACUGCUACUGAGAGUAUGACUUUAAUUGAUACUUUAUUUGGAACUACCGAUGCUGCUAAAGCUUUGGCUGGAUUUGUUCAAUUAGUGAAACGUGAAUGGAGAUUUCAAAAUGAUGAAGAAGAAGUUCAAGUCGAUGAUCCAUUUAGUAUUCUUUUAGUGAUUAAAUCAUUGACCGCUUGGUCUUGUCUUCAAUAUGUUACGAAGGAUAAAUUUGAAAGAGAAUUAGGAGGUUGGAAAAAGGAGAAAUUAGUAGAUUUUUGGGAUUUAUGUUAUGAUUGGGUACAUAUAGAACCUGAUGAUACAUUAAUGGAAGAAUUAGAAUUAUUAAUUACUGAAGAAGAAGAUGAUGAAGAAAUAAUUUUAAUAAAUAAAAAUCAAAAAAAGAAUAUAGUUGUAGGUGAAUUAACUCCACGUGAAGAAGCAUCCGAAUAUAUAUCAAAAAUGGAUAAUGAACAUGUGAAACGAUUAAGUGAUCUUUUCUUAGAAACAUCAAAAAGAUAUAGUAAUCCAUAUUUAGAAGAACUUCAAAAUCAAAGUGAAGAUGAAAGAUUAUUUUCACUUUUACAUAAUCUCAAACGAUAUUCAAAAUUCUCAUCAUCUGCAUAUAAUUUUAAAACAAUCAUAAAAAGUCAUAUACCAUUUCCGUCACCUCAAUGGAGACAAAAAGGUACAUUACAUAGAUUUGCAUUUGCUAGUUCAACGGAUUUAUCAUCCGAUUCAAUUGUAGAUUCAUCACAUCAAAAAGUAACCAAUGGAAGUGGUUAUCAACCAACAUAUUUUUUAAUUCGAGAUCACGCCACUCGAUCAAUUAUUCUUGCAUUAAGAGGGACACUAUCAAUUUAUGAUUUAAUUGUAGAUAUAACAUGUGAAUAUGAAGAUUUUCAAUUUCCCGAAGAUAUUCAACGAGGUGAUUAUACUAAACAUCAAGUACAUAAAGGAAUAUUUAAAGUAGCAAAAUCAAUGGCCACACCAGGACAAUCAGGAGUAUUUGAAGCACUUAAACGAGAAAUGGAAGCAAAUGAAGGAUAUGGAUUAAUAUUAGUGGGACAUUCUUUAGGUGCUGGUGUUUCAAGUUUAUUAGCUCUUUUAUUUGCAUCACCUACAACUCGUAUGACUACAAGAUGGAGUAAUUUACCAUUAGGUCGAAGAGUUCAUGCAUACGCAUUUGCCACACCUUGUGUAAUGUCGGCUGAACUUUCAAAACGAGCUAAAACUUUAGUAACAUCAGUAGCUUAUGAUGAUGAUAAAGUAAUAGAUUAUCAAUCAAGACGUUUUGGUAAUGACGAAAAAAGUCAAGCAUCAAAAGCUGAAUAUGAAUCAUGGUUUUGGGAAAUGAGACAAAAUAUUAAAUCACAAAUGAAUAAUCCUAAACUUUAUCCACCUGGAAAAGUUUAUUGGAUUGUGAAAAGUAAUAGAACACCAUAUUUAGAAAAUGUAGAUAAAAUAUUUCAAGAAAUUUCGUUUUCUUCGCAUAUGGCAGUGGAUCAUUUUCCUCAUGUUUAUGAGCUUAGUUCCGAAAAACCUUUAGUUUUCACUUUACAAGUUCCCCCAGAUAGAAUAAAAAGAAUUUUUUUAUACGUUAGUCAUCGGUCUACCUCAGCAGAGGAUUUAAAAGAACACGCCAACGAACAUUAUAAAUUGGGAAAUUAUGAAGAAGCCGUUCAAUUAUAUACCCAAGCAAUUGAACUCGAUUCCGCGUGUCCAACUUAUUAUACCAAUCGCGCUGCUGCGUUGUUGAUGUUAAGAAGACCAAAAGAUGCACUUAAAGAUUGUCAAAGUGCAUUAUCUUUAGACCCAUCAUCAAUCAAAGCAUUACUUCGUCGUGCAAAGUGUAACUUUACACUCGGUAAUCUUUCAGAGGCGGAACGAUGGUAUACAAAAGUUCUGUUGGAAGAUCCAACAAAUGUAGUAGCAAAUUCAGAAUUUAAACAAUUACGUCAAGUUCAAAAUUAUAUUCACCUUGCAGAAGUACAUUUAGAAAAUGGUCAAUAUGGAUUGGUUUUGAAUUCUAUUGACAGAGCAACUGCUUCCUUAGAAGAGAUUCCUACAAAAUGGAAAAUAAUGAAAGGUGAAGCUUUAUUGGAGCAAAAAAUUUAUGACGAAGCGGGCAGGAUGGCAAACGAGAUAUUACGUACUGAUUCUCAAAAUCCAGAUGCCCAUGUAUUAAGAGCACGAAUACUAUACAUGGAAGGCGAUAAUCAAAAGGCUGUAGCUCAUUGCCAAGAAGCUUUACGUUGCGACCCUGACCAUUCAAAAGCCCGUAUUUUAUUAAGGAAAUCUCGACAAAUCGAAGCACAAAAAAAUGCAGGUAACGAAGCCUACAAAAAAGGAGACUUUAACGGAGCAUAUGAUCUUUAUACUAAAGCUCUUGCGAUAGACCCCAAAAAUGUCAAUACAAGUUCAAAAAUCUAUUCAAAUCGUGCUUUGGUUUUAAUGAAACAAGGAAAAUAUACGGAUGCAAUAAAUGAUAUGGACAAGGCAUUAGAACUAGAUCCAACAUUUAUUAAAGUUUUCCGUCGACGUGCUGAUGCAUAUUUAAAAUUAGAAAAAUAUCAAGAAGCUGUGAACGAUUUGAAAGCAGCAUUAGAACUUGAUAGCAGUAAUCAAGAAAUUCGACGAGAUUUGCACAAUGCAGAACGAGAAUUGAAAAAGGCAUCUAGAAAGGAUUAUUAUAAAAUCCUUGGUGUGUCAAGAGAUGCAUCGGAAAUUGAUAUUAAAAAGGCAUAUCGUAAAUUAGCACUUCAGCAUCAUCCGGAUAAGAAUAGUGGUGAUUCAGAGGCCGAAGUCAAAUUCAAAGAGAUCGGAGAAGCCUAUGCUAUUAUUGGCGAUCCAGUAAAAAAACAACGAUACGAUUCCGGUGUUGAUCUUGAGGGCAUGGGUAAUGGCGGAAUGGACUUUGAUGGAGUUGAUCCCAAUUUAUUCUUUCAAAUGUUUAUGGGUGAAAACCUUGCAAGUAGUAUGGGUGGUAAUUCAAGAAGUUCUUUUCAAGGAAAUUUUGGAUUUAAUCCAUCACGGGAUUUUCCAAGGCAGAGAUCAAGAGAAUUUAGAGAUCUAGAUAAAAAACCUUUGGAUCCUGUAUUUUUAGAUUUUGCUCGACGUGCUGCGCAUGCAUUAAAAAUGCCAUGUUCCGGUGCUGUAUAUUUGCCAACUCAAACAUCACAUUGGACAGUAAUAAAAGGGCCAUUUGUUCAUAAAAAAUCUCAAGAAAAUUUUGAACGUAAAACUCAUAAAAGAUUAUUAGCUAUUCGAGAUACUAAUAAAGAAGUAGUAGAAAGAUGGUUAUGGUAUUUAACUAAGAAUUGUCCACCAGGAAUUGGUAUGAGAGUCACACUUUGGGAAUGGGAAGAAUUAGGGGUGGGACAGAAAAUGUUACAAGAAGCUAAAGGUAAGAAAGAAAGAAGAAUGUUAGAAGAUGUAGGACGCAUGGAAGGAAUUGAUUCCCGAACUGUCGUGAAGGAAAUGGCUGAUAUAUUAGUGAAAGAAAUGGAAAAAAAGUUGGAACAUGAAGAUAAAAUUGAAAAAAAUGAACCAGAGAACGAUAAAGUAAAAGUUUCUGAAUCUACUAAACCUACUAAAUCUUGA